AUGGCUCGCCUCAGCAUCCUCCUGCUGAGCUGCCUGGUCACUCUGGCCACCGCCGGCUCCGCCGUGCUCGACCUCAUCCCCAAGAACUUCGACAAAGUCGUCCUGGACUCCGGCAAGCCCGCGCUCGUCGAAUUCUUCGCACCCUGGUGCGGCCACUGCAAGACCCUCGCCCCCGUCUAUGAAGAGCUCGGCCAAGCUUUCGCCCACGCCGAAGACAAAGUCAGCGUUGCGAAGGUCGACGCUGACGCAAACCGCGACCUCGGCAAGCGAUUCGGGAUCCAGGGAUUCCCGACGUUGAAAUGGUUUGAUGGCAAGAGCGAGACUCCUGUGGACUACAGUGGUGGUCGCGACCUUGAGAGUCUGACUGCUUUCAUUACUGAGAAGACUGGCAUUAAGGCUAAGGGGCCUAAGAAGGAGCCUAGCAAUGUGGAGGCGUUGACUGAUACUACAUUUAAGAGCACAAUUGGUGGUGACAAGGAUGUGCUUGUUGCGUUUACUGCGCCUUGGUGUGGUCACUGCAAGAAGCUCGCCCCAACCUGGGAAACCCUCGCUACUGACUUCGCUCUUGAACCCUCCGUUGUUAUCGGCAAGAUCGACGCCGAAGCCGAAAACGCAAAGGCCACUUCCAAGGAACAGGGUGUGACCGGAUACCCCACCAUCAAGUUCUUCCCCAAGGGCUCGACCGAGGGCGAGAUAUACCAGGGUGGCCGCUCCGAGGAGGCCUUCGUUGAGUUCCUGAACAAGAAGGCGGGUACGCACCGUGCGCCCGGCGGUGGAUUGGAUGAGAAGGCCGGCACCGUCCCUGCGCUUGAUGAGCUAGUUGCGAAGUACACCUCUUCGCAGAACUUCAACGAGCUGGUUGGUGAAAUCAAGAAGGCUGCCAAGGGCGUUCAGGACAAGUACACCGAGUACUACGUUAAAGUUGCCGAGAAGCUUUCGCAGAACUCCGAGUAUGCGGUUAAGGAGUUCAACCGCCUGAAGAAGGUGCUGUCCAAGGGUGGUUCCGCCCCGGAGAAGAUUGAUGACCUGAUCUCGCGCAGCAACAUCCUGCGUAGAUUCUUGGGUCAGGAGAAGGAGGAGAACGUGAAGGAUGAGCUGUAA